AAUCGCUCGCUUCGUUUUCUGUCGAGUUGUCAAAGCUAGAAUUUUAAGCGCAUAGCUAGCGGAUCUUUAAAAACUAUUGAUUCUGAAAUAUUUUCCAAUUUUCUUUCUCUGUAUCAUUCCCUACAUUUCGAAGAUAAAAUGAGCUCAAAAACAAAACGCGGAGAUAGCAGUGGUAAAGAUGACGAGCCAGUGAAGAUCAACAAAUGGGACGGUACCGCGGUAAAGCAUGCUCUGGACGAUUCUGUCAAAACGGCUCUAAUGAAUCGCACCAACAUGAAGGAACAUCACGCCAUCAUCGAUGGGCGGCUGCUCAUUUGUGCCCUGGCCGUGGCUACCGCACUGGUUGCGCUCGGCUACGAUUAUCAGUAUUCGUUUCCGGCAUCGAAGCCAGUCCUGAUCGUGUGCGUUUGCUUCUAUUUCUUCCUUAUGGGAGUUCUGACGAUUUACACCACUUACGUGGAGAAGGGAAUCUUCGCGGUCGGAAAUCAAAAGGACGACAAGGGAAACCGAAAGCGCUGGCAAGCCAGUUCAGAUAUGCGCAAGUAUGACGAUAAGUACGAGCUGACGAUUCAGCUGCGGGACACGCGUGGCGUGCGGGAGGCCACGGUCGUCAAGUCAGUGGCCAACUUCAUAGAUGUUAAUGGAACGGUGCUUGAUGAUCUGGUGGCAAACGAGCUGAAUCGCGUCGUAAAUUCGCUAAAUGCUGAUAAGAAGGAUAAAUAAUGUUAGUUCUCAAAGGUUUUGUAACGUGCUGAAAAUUUUCCAGCAUCAUCUGAAAUAAUAAUAAACGUUUCACGUUAAUGGCGUGUUAAACACGUUGU